CCUCCACAAAACCCGCCCUUGUCUUCUCCUGUCACGCCAGUAAAGGCCACGAUGCCUCCCACCACCAUCCUCUUCUUUUUCGCCUUCCUUUUCCUCUCACUCGCCUCCUGCGCUCCGCCGCCGGCCUUUCCUCCGACGAGCCCUUCCCACGACCGCGCCACCCUGUUCAUCCGCUCGCGCUGCAACCUCACUCGCUACCCGGACCUCUGCUUCUCCUCCCUCUCCUCCUACGCGGCCGCCGUCGGCGGAAGCUCCCCCGAACUCGCCCGCGUCGCCGCCAACGUCACCCUCGCCCGCCUCCGCGGCCUCCGCGCCCACGUCUCCGCCCUCCGCCGCGCCGGCGCCGUCCGCGGCCGCGCGGCCGCGGCGCUGCGCGACUGCUCCGAGCAGCUGGGCGACGCCGCCGACCAGGUGUGCCAGACCUACGACGAGCUCCGCGGCGUGGAGGAGUUGGUGGGGAUGGAGGUGGCGUGGCGGGUGUCCAAUGCGCAGACGUGGAUGAGCGCCGCCCUCACCAACGAGGAGUCCUGCUCUGACGGGUUCCGCGAAGCGGCCGCCGCGUCCGCAUAUGGCGCCGGUUCCGGCGUCGACGUCAAGACCGAUAUAUGCAGCCGGGUGAGGAGGGUGAAGCAGUACACCAGCAAUGCCUUAGCGCUCGUCAACAGCCUCGUCGGCGGCCGAUGAACGGAAGCUAGAUCGAUCCUAAGAAACGUGCAUGAAGAACAAUAAAGCUCUCAAUUCUCAUCA